UAAACAACUGUCAACGUUCAAAUAAAAGUUCAACGGCUAAAAUACGAGUUUUAAAAGUUAAAACUUUUGUAUGAAAACAAGUUAGAAAUUAUACAAUUUAUACAUAACACUAAGUGAAAUAUUUGUUGAAAGUUGUAAUUUAUGUUCAGAUUUACUCAACAAAUGCAUUAAACGUCGGUAAAUAUGAGUGGUAACACGGAAUCAACAUCGAAUAGCAUCAAGUUUGCGCCCAUGCCUAUGUCGGCACUGCUGGCUAAUUUGAUGCCUUUCAAGAAUGCAGCAGAUAGCCCUGAUGCCAGCUUUUCAUCAGCCGACGAUAGUGAUAAUUCCUUCGGCGAAACCGUGGCGAAAAAACCAUCUCCUGCUAAGAAAAUAAACAAAGAUUUUUUUACGCCCAAUGUGAAACCUAAACCGAAAGACAUAAAAGCUUUUGCUUCAGAAAAGAAAUUUUCUUAUAGCGAUCAUGACAAAGAGAACGCAAACGAUAAUUGGGUGCCUCAUCAAACAUAUCCAGCUAAAGAAAAUAAUUUUAAUUCACAAAGUGCACCACAAAACAAAAAUGCUAAUAUUUUUCCGACUUCAGAAGCUAAGACGCGUAGUGUAUUAAUGCCACAGAACAGUAAUAAUUCCCGAAUACAAAGUUCAUGUAUUAAAAAGACUCCAGAGAAAAAAGUGCCAACCAGUGCACAGAAGUUAAAAUCUGCAACUCCUAAGAUAAAGUCAGGUAUCAGACGGUUUACACCAGGGUCGAAACCCAGCCAUAAGAAAACUCCACAGAAAGCUGCCAUUCAGAACAGAGACAGAGUGAGAGUGGAGUUGUUUUCUCAAAAUCCUAAGGAUGAGCCAUUGUGUCCACCACCACGUGCAGAGCCAGCUCCUGCACCUGCGCCUGUACCAGUACCUGAGACACCACUUAACAGAAAGGCAAUGCCGGCCUCAUAUGUGGCGACACCUUCAUACCCACAGGGAGUGGUAACCAAUAGUUCUAAAAUAUUAUUCAAAACAACCAGUAUAAAAGACAAGAAGUACAUGUUCAUUAAAAAGUUGGGCACUGGAGGAUCUAGUGAAGUGUACAAAGUGUUGGAGGUUGGCACCUCAUGUGAAUAUGCAGUGAAGUGUGUAUACCUGGCCACGGACCAUGAGCUGGCACAGGGCUACAUCAACGAGGUGCGGCUACUGAGAGAGCUGCAGAACUCUGACAGAGUGAUCAGGCUAUUUGAUUAUGAGUAUGACCGCACCAACCAGUUCCUCCGUAUGGUGUUGGAGGUGGGUGAGACGGACCUGUCUUCGUUCCUAAAGGCUCGCGGCGCUGGUCUCCCGCCCGCCCUCGUGUUGCACUACUGGGAGGAGAUGCUACAUGCUGUGCAUUAUAUACAUGAACAUGGUGUAAUACAUGCUGACUUAAAACCCGCAAAUUUCCUGCUGGUGUGCGGAAGGUUGAAGCUGAUAGACUUUGGUAUUGCAUCAGCUAUCAGUAGCGACGCGACCUCUGUAGUGCGCUCGCAAGCCACAGGAACUUACUCAUACAUCAGCCCCGAGGCGCUCAUGGGCGGUGCCGGGGGGUAUGGCGUCGCUAAUGGCGAAGGCAGCGCUCCCAUUAAGAUCUCAUUCCGAUCAGAUGUGUGGUCUCUGGGCUGUAUCCUGUACAGUAUGGUGUACGGGCGCACCCCGUUUGGCCACAUCCCCAACCUCGCCAAGCUAGCCGCCAUACUCGACCCCAACCAUCGCAUCGAUUACCCGCCCGUAGAGCACCUCCCUCCAUCACUGAUCGCAGCGCUGAAAUGGUGCCUGACCUACAACGCGCGCGCGCGUCCUUCAGUCCGCGAACUGCUGUCCAUCCCAUACUUGCAGCCGGCACGGGGCACGCUACCACAAGCAUUAUUAGACAAACUGCAACCACUUGUCACGCCAAACGAAUUCAGACUAUUACAGAGGGCGCAACUGUAGCAACAUACUAUUGUUUUUUUAAAACGUAUUGUAAAUUGAAAAAUAUUUAUACGGCUUACUCAAUAUAUUCGAGGCAAUGGCGACUGCUUCGAGCUAUGGUUUUGACCUACGUGCACGAAAUUAUUAUGUUGCGCAGCCAAAUGUUAUCCCAAUGUGUGGGUCAAUGGUAUUGUUAGGUGUGCCUAACUAAUGGAAUACAAUAUGUGAAUAAGCCAUAUAAACAUUAUUAAAAUUAAGAAACUACCAGUCACAUUGUGUGACUUUCCUAAUCACACUUAUGGUGAUAACAAGUAACUUGUAGAAUAAGAUCUCACAAAAUAUUUUAUCAAA